AGAGAUUGAGACAAAUACUAUAAAAUGGAAAAAGCUGAUGACUCCUUAAAGUUAGAUUUCAAAGCACUUGAGGAACAAACACUCAAGGAAACUAAAACAAUGGAGGCAGAGGAACUAGAGAUCGAGAAAAUGAAGACAUCUGGAGAGACUAUUGAUAAAUCAAAGGGAAAGGAAAAGGAUAAAGGACUCUCAGGGUUUGCAGACUUUCUUUAAAGAAUUAAUUAUCC